AGUGUCAAAUUGACAUAUCGAAAAUUUGUGUGUUUUUGCUAAAGUUUGUCGGUGCCUCAAAGGAGACGAAUUUUCCUCCUUUUCCUUUUGGGAAAUACAUAAAACUUUCGGAAUUUCUAUUAAAACAAACAACUAAAAUGCUUGCCAACUGUGCAACAAAGACUCUGCAGUAUGUGCGCGGCAGUGUGCGUGCCAUCGCUACAUCGGCCAUGCAACGCAGUGACAAUUUGUUUGUCCAUCGCGAUACUCCUGAAGACAAUCCAGACAUCCCAUUCGAAUUCACACCGGAAAAUAAGAAGCGUGUGGAGGCCAUCUUGAGUAUAUAUCCUGAAGGCCACAAACGUGGUGCCAUGAUCCCACUUUUGGAUUUGGCCCAGCGCCAAUAUGGUUGGUUACCAAUUUCGGCCAUGCAUAAAGUGGCUGAAAUUUUGGAUUUGCCCAAUAUGCGUGUCUAUGAAGUUGCCACAUUCUACACAAUGUUUAUGCGCAAACCCACUGGUAAAUAUCAUGUUCAAGUAUGUACCACCACUCCAUGCUGGUUGAGGGGAUCCGAUGAGAUUUUGGAGACAUGCAAGAAAACUUUAAACAUUGGCGUUGGAGAAACCACCAAAGAUAUGAAAUUUACCAUUUCUGAGGUAGAAUGUUUGGGCGCCUGUGUAAAUGCUCCUAUGGUGGCUAUUAACGAUGAUUACUAUGAAGAUUUAACUGCUAAGGAUAUGCAAGCUAUUUUAGCUGAUUGCAAAGCUGAUCGUGUCUCUCCUCCUGGUCCCCGCAAUGGCCGUUUCGCCAGUGAACCUAAAGGGGAACCCACCUCCUUGUCUGAGGAACCCAAAGGUCCUGGAUUUGGUAUUCAGCCUGGUCUUUAAAUUUGAAACCCACACAUAGUUCUAUCCAUUUAGAAAUUUUUAAAUAAAUUAAAAAUCGUUUUCGUGAGAAUGAUCAAGUGAAGUAAAUGUAA